CGUCAAUGAGAAAGGCUGUGUUUCUGUGAGCGAAUGCUACUGCAAGCAACACGGAGUCAUGUAUUCCCCUGGGCAAACUAUCACCAAUGAAUGCGAGAAAUGUACCUGUGAUUCAGGCAGGUGGUUGUGCAAUGACGUACCGUGUCCAGGCUCAUGCUUACUGGAAGGAGGUGCUCACAUCACCACCUUUGAUAAGAAGAAAUACACCUUCCACGGAGACUGUUUCUAUGUGCUGGCCAAGGGAGGUGUAAAUGACAGUCAUGUCCUCCUGGCAGAGCUCUCCCCCUGUGGUGCCACAGACAAACAGACCUGUCUGAAGUCGGUUGUGCUGUUAAUAGACCAGAAGAAAAAUAGCUUGACGGUCCGAUCAGAUGGCACGGUGCUGCUGAAUGACAUGGUCGUGCACUUGCCCCAUGUGACAGGUGAGGAAUGCGGCCAUCUCUCCAAAGCGCAUCUGACGUUAAAAUAACACAUUUCCUGAAUGUUUGUGCUAGAAUGAACUGGGAUGCAGUGAAAAGAGCUUGAGACGAAGGAGAUUUGUGAAAAUACAGGGAGGCAUUUGUGAUCUAAUCGCCAGUUGCUGCCUCUGUGUACAGAAGUUAAUCAGGAAGAAUCGUUUCAGUUCUCAGUUUGGCACAGGCUUCCUGUAUGAUGUUGGGCAGAUAGUUUAUGCUUGCCUCACAUGAAUAGAUAGAAAUGAACGUCAGGGCGAGCAUACAUUCUGCAA